UUCCGUCCCCACAGAGUCGUGGUGGCUCCUGGCUGCGGGUGGAGGCGCGAGCGCCGUUAGGUCCCGUGGGCUUUGGGGACGCUGUCAGUGCGCGGCGCUUGCCUCCUGCUGCCGCCUAGGGCGCUGGGAAACCCGACAGCGACGGUGUCGCAAAAGCGUCGCGAAGGCGUCCGCCCUUGGCGGCUCCCUGCCACCUGUAUAAGCGGAGCGUGCUAGGGUUUGAAAACUAGUAUGGAAGCAGCGGUGGCCGAGGUUCCCCGGGAUUGCAGGGACUCCAUGGAGAAGCGGCUCUUUGGCGUCCCGGGCUGCUGAGCUCUCGCCGCCUGCGUUUCCGCGGCGCGGCCGUAAGGCCAUGCUGGCCUCGCGCGUGGUGCGCGGCUGCUGGGGGGCCCUGCGCAGCGCUGCAUGGGCGCCGGGGGCGCGGCCGGGCAAGGGGCGCGCCCGAGGGGCCCUGCUGCCGCCCGCGCCCUGCUGCUUGGGCUGCCUCGCGGAGCGCUGGUGGCUGCGCCCGGCCGCGCUCGGCCUGCGGCUGCGCGGGGUCGGCCCGCGGAACCACUGCUCGGGCGCGGGCAAGGCGGCGCCCGGGCCAGCUGCUGGAGGGGGCGCCGCCGCCGAGGCCCCGGGCGGCCAGUGGGGCCCGGCGAGUGCAGCCAGCCUGUAUGAAAACCCAUGGACAAUCCCAAAUAUGUUGUCAAUGACAAGAAUUGGCUUGGCCCCAGUUCUGGGCUAUUUGAUUAUUGAAGAAGAUUUUAAUAUUGCACUAGGAGUUUUUGCUUUAGCUGGGCUAACUGAUUUGUUGGAUGGAUUUAUUGCUCGAAACUGGGCCAAUCAAAAAUCAGCUUUGGGAAGUGCUCUUGAUCCACUUGCUGAUAAAAUACUUAUCAGUAUCUUAUAUGUUAGCUUGACCUAUGCAGAUCUUAUUCCAGUUCCACUUACUUAUAUGAUAAUUUCAAGAGAUGUAUUGUUGAUUGCUGCUGUUUUUUAUGUCAGAUAUCGAACUCUUCCAACACCGCGAACACUUGCUAAGUAUUUCAACCCUUGCUAUGCUACUGCUAGGUUAAAACCAACAUUCAUCAGCAAGGUAAACACAGCAGUCCAGUUAAUCUUGGUGGCAGCUUCUUUGGCAGCUCCAGUUUUCAAUUAUUCUGACAGCAUUUAUCUUCAGAUGCUGUGGUGUUGUACAGCCCUCACCACAGCUGCAUCAGCUUAUAGUUAUUAUCAUUAUGGUCGGAAAACUAUUCAGGUGAUAAAGGGCUGAUGAAAGUCAUCCAUCACCAUUAGCGAGGAAACAGAAUACGUCAUCGGCAGCAGGGCCCGUGGAAAUCUACAGGAGUUUCCUAGUUUGGUGUUCAGUUUGUAGAAGGACUUGUCAGAACAAACCAUGUCAUCAAAAUUUAAUGUACAUUGAAAAUACGCUUGAUCAUGUGAUCAUGGGCAUAUGCAGAAUUUUCAAUGUAUUUUUAAAUGCAAAUAAAACUAUAAUUUAGAAUUUUUAAUCUUAGGUUUCUUGAUUAACAUAGUUCAAUUAUUCUAAUUAUUGUCAGCCAUUUUUAUAUGGUUUUUGAAAACGUACUCCAGAGCCUGGAAACUGAAGAAUUGACACCUCUCUUAAAAUAGAAUUUAAACUGCUCACAAAGCACUAAGGAAUUUCCUGGGUUUAAGCAUCUAUCCUACACAACUUGGCUAUAUAUUUUUUUGUUUGAUUUUUAGAUCUAUGCAUACAUUAACAGUUCAUGUGGUUAACAUUUGAUCAUUUAGAAUAAUGAAAAUGGAGUUAGCAUAACUGGAUGAAGUAAAGUUGUAAAGGGAUUUAAAAUGCAGUACGUUUUGAAAAUAAUAAGAUCAAACGAAAUAGAAGGUGUUGAAGUUCAUGUUCAGUAGUCUUCCAGCCUCUCAGGUACCUAACAGUGUAUGUAUCAGGAUAGCAAGUAACAAAGGUAGUUGAAAUAUGUAUGAGAACACGUCCAUUAGCCUUUGCAGCUAAAAGGCAGUGAGUUACAUCGUGCCGUCCCUCUGUUUCUAACGUACCAAUGUUUGUUUGAUAUUGGAACCUGUACUCAUAUAUUGUGUAAAUAAUAUGAAGCUGUAUAUUUUUCAAAAGUUUUUUUAAACUUUGGGGAAUCUUCUUUUGUUAAGAAGUUAAGGAAUAAAAGAGCUGGAAAAAAAUUGUACUUUUAA